AUGACUGUCCUGAUGGAGUGGAGUCAGCUGUACCGCUACAUAAAGAACCUGAAGCCGUCGGACCUGCAGCUGUCACUAUGGGGCGGCGAUGUGGUUCUGAGCAAACUGGACCUGAGACUGGACGUGCUGGAGCAGGAGCUCAAGCUGCCCUUCACCUUCCUGAGCGGACACAUCCACGAGCUGCGCAUCCACGUGCCCUGGACCAAACUGAGCUCGGAGCCCGUGGUCAUCACCAUCAACACCAUGGAGUGCAUCCUCAAGCUCCGAGACGGAGCCACGGAUGAUAAUGAAAGCUGUACGUCCAGUUCGACCAAUCGCAGCGCCUCUGAGAGCUCUAAGGCCGCGUCUAAACCUCGACGGGUGCAGCAGGCCCCGAGCGACCCUGACCUGCCCCCAGGCGUGAUAGACUAUGGAAGCACCAAUUACACCACGUCUGUCCGAAGGACGGAACAAUCACAGGAGGGCGAGGGCGAGUCUGGCCUCUACACGGACACACAGGAGUCUGGAGCCACCCGGCCCCUGCAGAACUCACCCAGAGACCCCAUAGUGUCUGUCGGCUUCUACUGCACCAAAGCCUCCGUCACAUUUAAGCUGACAGAGAGCUGCUCUGAGAGCAGUUACUACAGUCCACAGAAGCUGAAGUCUCGUGAGGUCCUCAGUGUGGAGCAGGAGGGAAUCACGGUGGAGCUCAUCUAUUAG